GCGGAGCCCGGCCUGGCUGAGCUCUGGUCACAGUGGCCCAGCGCCUGGGACCUGGUGGAGGUAGCAGCGGCAGCGACAUGGCCUUUGCCUCUGAGGACAAUGUAUACCACAGCUCCAAUGCUGUCUACAGAGCCCCGAGUAACCAUCAGGAAGCUGACCAGGAAGCCCUGCUGGGGAAACUACUAGACUACCCAGCCCCGGGCCUGCAGAGGCCAGAGGAUCGCUUCAAUGGUGCCUACAUCAUCUUCUUCUGCCUGGGAAUUGGGGGCCUACUGCCCUGGAACUUCUUUGUCACUGCUAAGGAGUACUGGGCAUAUAAACUCCGAAACUGCUCCAGCCCAGCGUCUGGGGAGGACCCUGAGGACAUGGACAUCCUGAACUACUUUGAGAGCUACCUGGCAGUUGCCUCCACUGUGCCCUCCCUGCUGUUCCUGGUGGCUAACUUCCUGCUUGUCAACAGGGUCCAGGUGCACGUCCGUGUUCUGGCCUCACUGUCCGUGUCCCUGGCCAUCUUCGUGGUUAUGAUUGUGCUGGUGAAGGUGGAUACUUCCUCCUGGACCCGAGGCUUCUUCAGCCUCACCAUCGCGUGCAUGGCCAUCAUUAGCAGCUCCUCCACCAUCUUCAAUAGCAGCGUUUACGGCCUCACAGGCUCCUUCCCCAUGAGGAAUGCCCAGGCACUGAUAUCAGGAGGAGCCAUGGGAGGGACAGUCAGCGCCGUGGCCUCACUGGUGGACCUGGCAGCAUCCAGUGACGUGCGGGACAGCACGCUAGCCUUCUUCCUCAUGGCAGCAGUCUUCCUUGGGCUCUGUGUGGGGCUCUAUCUAUUGCUGCCCCAACUGGAGUAUGCCAGGUACUACAUGAGGCCAGUUGCCCCAGUUCGAGUGUUUUCUGGUGAAGACAACCCAUCCCAGGAUGCUCCCAGCACCUCCUCUGUGGCCCCUGCAUCCAGAGUGAUGCACACACCGCCCCUUGGACCCAUUCUGAAGAAGACGGCUAGCCUCGGGUUCUGCACAGUUUCCCUCUACUUUGUCACGGCCUUCAUCAUCCCCGCCAUCUCCACCAAUAUCCAGUCCAUGCAGAAAGGCACCGGCUCUCCAUGGACCUCCAAGUUCUUCGUGCCCCUCACCGUCUUCCUCCUCUUCAACUUUGCUGACCUCUGCGGCCGACAGGUCACAGCCUGGAUCCAGGUGCCAGGUCCUAGGAGCAAGCUGCUCCCGGGACUGGUGCUCUCUCGGUUCUGCCUUGUGCCUCUCUUCUUGCUCUGUAACUACCAGCCGCGCUCACACUUGACCAAGGUGCUUUUCCAGUCGGACAUCUACCCAGUGCUCUUCACCUGCCUCCUGGGGCUCAGCAACGGCUACCUCAGCACGCUGGUGCUCAUCUACGGACCCAAGAUUGUGCCCCGGGAGCUGGCUGAGGCCACCAGUGUUGUGAUGUUGUUCUAUAUGUCUGUGGGCUUGAUGCUGGGCUCAGCCUGUGCGGCUCUGCUUGAACACUUUAUCUAGGAGGGGGCGGCAAGGAUGUGGGUACUGUGUGAGUGUGUGAGGCUUGGGUCCUUAGGAGAUGGACAGGGUGAGCCGAGGUCUCGAGGUGUUAAGCAAGGGGUUGACGUUUUGUUUGAUGCAGAGCAGAGCCCACUCGGACUGCCUUUCUCUCAGACUGCUUGUGAGCCACAUCCUUGCACAUCUUGGGCAAGGAGACAUUCCAGACACAGCCCAGCCUGGCUCAUACCUGUAAUCUCAGCAUUCAAGAGAAUGGAGCUGGAGGCACACUGUGAGUUCAAGGCCAGCCUGGUUACAUAGUGAAACCCUUUCUCAAAAAAUAAGCUAAAAACAAAAACCCUGAGACAUUCCAAACACUUCCAGAGAACACUUCAGAGCCGACUGAAGGGCAGGGCGAGGUUGUAGCCAGGAUCUAGCCCAGUUGGUAGGAUGCUUGUUUAGCCUCCAUAGAGCCCCAGCUCCUAUCCCCAGCCCCACAUAAGCUGGGCAUGUUAGUGAAAGCCUGUAAUCCUAGCUCUUGAAAGGUAGAAGCAGCGGGGUCAGAAGUUCAAGGUCAUCCUCAGCUACUUAGGGAGUUUGAGGCUAACCUGGGCUACAGGAGACACUGUCUCAAAAAAAAAAAAAAAAAAAAGACACAAUUGUAAAGAGUGGGGUAUGUUACAGUCAUAGCUCCUAAGUAGCCCAUGUCUAAUUUGUAUUGUCACAAGGCCAGAAGCCAGCCUCACUCCUUCCAGCUGACAUUGAGGUGGGAGAGAACCUUCAGGGCUCCGUGUUCUGAGAGAGGCUCCUGGAUUUGAGAUCCCCUCUGUGAUGGCCAGUACUCAGACCUAGGGCCCUGUCAUUGUCCUACUCUGGCCGGCAACAGGAAUGACACAGACACCAAGUCGGGUUCACACAGCAACUUUACUUCAGGCUUUUUCUUUUACAGCUCUCUUCCCCAGCA